GGAGCGCUUUCACCCCGGAGAGAUUCCGCCGCCAUUGCAGCUUCCGAGAGUUACAGAGCAGCAGCGGCCGCCUCUCGGCGAUCUGGAGCACAAGCGCCUGUUCUUCACCCGUUGGGCGAGCAGAGCAUCAAGCGCGUCCUUCGGCUUCACACCACACAGCUCCCCUGUCGGUUCGGUGGGACUCACGGCUAGCCGUCCUCGGAGAGCCCGGCUAGGACCUGAGAGAGAAGCUGCAGCGGGUUAGCGGUUAGCGGACAGAGGGAAACGGAGGAGAGGGACGAGGAGCGACCAUGGCUCAGAUUCUGCCGAUCAGAUUUCAGGAGCACCUGCAGCUCCAAAACUUGGGCAUUAACCCAGCUAACAUCGGGUUCAGCACCCUGACGAUGGAGUCUGAUAAAUUCAUCUGCAUCCGGGAGAAGGUUGGAGAGCAGGCGCAGGUGGUGAUUAUUGAUAUGGCCGACCCAAACAGCCCUAUCCGUCGACCCAUCUCUGCAGACAGCGCCAUCAUGAACCCAGCCAGCAAAGUCAUCGCCCUGAAAGCUGCCAAAACCCUUCAAAUUUUUAACAUUGAGAUGAAGAGCAAGAUGAAGGCCCACACCAUGACAGAUGAUGUGACUUUCUGGAAGUGGAUCUCUCUGAAUACCGUAGCCCUUGUGACUGAUAACGCUGUCUACCAUUGGAGCAUGGAGGGAGACUCACAGCCGGUCAAAGUCUUUGAUCGUCACUCCAGUCUGGCAGGCUGCCAAAUCAUUAACUACCGCACCGAUGCCAAGCAGAAAUGGCUCCUCCUUAUUGGCAUCUCGGCUCAGCAAAACCGUGUUGUGGGGGCAAUGCAGCUGUACUCUGUAGACAGGAAGGUGUCUCAGCCCAUUGAGGGCCAUGCUGCCAGCUUUGCUCAGUUCAAAAUGGAAGGAAACACAGAAGAGUCAACUCUGUUCUGCUUUGCUGUCAGGGGCCAGGCUGGUGGAAAGCUUCAUAUAAUUGAAGUAGGAACACCACCGACUGGCAAUCAGCCUUUUCCAAAGAAAGCCGUGGACGUGUUCUUCCCUCCUGAGGCUCAGAAUGACUUUCCAGUGGCCAUGCAGAUCAGCCCCAAACAGGACGUAGUGUUCCUCAUCACCAAGUAUGGCUACAUCCACCUCUAUGACCUGGAGACGGGCACCUGCAUCUACAUGAACAGAAUUAGUGGCGAGACCAUUUUUGUUACGGCUCCUUAUGAGGCCACUUCUGGGAUCAUAGGCGUCAACAGGAAAGGACAGGUCUUGUCAGUGUGUGUCGAGGAGGAGAACAUCAUCCCCUACAUCACCAACGUUCUGCAGAACCCGGACCUGGCCCUGAGGAUGGCUGUAAGGAACAACCUGGCCGGAGCUGAGGAGCUAUUCGCCCGCAAGUUCAACAACCUGUUUGCUGGGGGCAACUACUCUGAAGCUGCCAAAGUGGCUGCCAAUGCUCCAAAGGGGAUUCUGCGUACUCCGGACACCAUCCGGCGCUUUCAGAGCGUGCCGGCUCAGCCAGGCCAGACCUCUCCUCUGCUGCAGUAUUUUGGAAUCUUACUGGACCAGGGCCAGCUCAACAAGUUUGAGUCACUGGAGCUCUGCAGGCCCGUCCUGCAGCAGGGCCGCAAACAGCUGUUGGAGAAAUGGCUCAAAGAGGACAAGCUGGAGUGUUCAGAGGAGCUCGGAGACCUUGUGAAAUCUGUAGAUCCCACCCUGGCACUCAGCGUCUACUUGAGGGCCAAUGUCCCCAACAAAGUCAUCCAGUGCUUUGCUGAAACUGGCCAGUUCCCCAAGAUUGUUUUGUAUGCCAAAAAGGUGGGCUACACUCCAGACUGGAUCUUCCUGUUGAGGAAUGUAAUGCGAAUCAGUCCAGAUCAAGGCCUUCAGUUUGCGCAGAUGCUGGUGCAAGACGAGGAGCCACUGGCUGAUAUCACACAGAUCGUGGAUGUGUUUAUGGAGUAUAACCUGAUUCAGCAGUGCACCUCAUUCCUUUUGGAUGCUCUCAAAAACAACCGUCCCUCAGAAGGCCCUCUCCAGACACGUCUCCUCGAGAUGAACCUUAUGCAUGCACCUCAGGUCGCUGAUGCAAUCUUGGGAAAUCAGAUGUUCACGAAUUAUGACCGUGCCCACAUUGCCCAGCUGUGUGAGAAAGCAGGACUGCUGCAGAGAGCCCUGGAGCACUACACAGACUUGUAUGACAUCAAACGCGCGGUUGUACACACGCAUCUGCUCAACCCCGAGUGGUUGGUAAACUUCUUUGGCUCUCUGUCGGUGGAGGAUUCGCUGGAAUGUCUGAGAGCCAUGCUGUCCGCAAACAUCAGACAAAAUCUUCAGAUUUGUGUUCAGGUGGCCUCCAAAUACCAUGAGCAGCUCUCCACCCAGUCGCUCACCGAGCUAUUUGAGUCCUUUAAGAGCUUUGAGGGUCUCUUCUACUUCCUCGGCUCGAUUGUGAAUUUCAGUCAGGACCCAGAGGUUCAUUUCAAAUACAUCCAGGCUGCCUGCAAGACGGGUCAGAUCAAGGAGGUGGAGCGAAUCUGCAGAGAGAGCAACUGCUACGAUCCUGAACGCGUCAAGAACUUCCUUAAGGAAGCUAAACUCACUGACCAGCUGCCCCUCAUCAUUGUGUGUGACCGUUUUGACUUCGUCCAUGAUUUGGUGCUCUACCUGUAUCGCAACAGCCUCCAGAAGUACAUUGAGAUCUACGUGCAGAAGGUGAACCCCAGUCGUCUGCCAGUUGUGAUUGGUGGUCUGUUGGAUGUGGACUGUUCUGAGGAUGUGAUUAAGAACCUGAUCCUCGUGGUGAGGGGCCAGUUCUCCACUGACGAGCUGGUGGCUGAGGUGGAGAAGAGAAACAGACUGAAACUGCUGCUGCCCUGGCUGGAGGCUCGCAUCCACGAAGGCUGUGAGGAGCCCGCUACCCACAAUGCCUUGGCUAAGAUUUACAUCGACAGCAACAAUAACCCAGAGCGCUUCUUGCGGGAGAACCCAUACUACGACAGCCGUGUUGUGGGAAAAUACUGCGAGAAGAGGGACCCCCAUCUGGCCUGCGUAGCUUACGAGAGAGGCCAGUGUGACCAGGAGCUGAUAAAUGUGUGUAAUGAGAACUCCUUAUUUAAGAGUUUGUCUCGUUAUCUGGUUCGCCGCCGGGAUCCUGAGCUAUGGGCUAGCGUGCUGCUCGAAACCAACCCAUAUAGGAGGCCUCUGAUUGACCAGGUGGUGCAGACCGCCCUGUCAGAGACUCAGGACCCAGAGGAGGUGUCUGUCACAGUGAAGGCCUUCAUGACAGCUGACUUGCCAAAUGAACUCAUAGAACUUCUCGAAAAGAUUGUUUUGGACAACUCUGUAUUCAGUGAACACAGAAACCUCCAGAACUUGCUGAUUUUGACAGCCAUCAAAGCCGACCGCACCCGUGUCAUGGAGUAUAUUAACCGCUUGGACAACUACGAUGCUCCUGAUAUUGCCAACAUCGCUAUCAGCAGCGAACUCUUUGAGGAGGCCUUUGCGAUCUUCAGGAAAUUUGAUGUCAACACUUCAGCAGUGCAGGUUCUGAUCGAACACAUUGGUAACCUGGACCGAGCGUACGAGUUUGCGGAGCGCUGCAACGAGCCAGCUGUGUGGAGCCAGUUGGCUAAGGCUCAGCUCCAGAAAGGCCUGGUCAAAGAGGCCAUCGAUUCCUACAUUAAGGCUGAUGACCCCUCUGCUUAUAUGGAGGUGGUGCAGGCAGCUGAUCAGAGUGGUAACUGGGAGGACUUGGUGAAGUUCCUGCAGAUGGCUCGUAAAAAGGCGAGAGAGUCCUAUGUGGAGACGGAGCUGAUCUUUGCUCUUGCCAAAACCAACCGACUGGCUGAGCUGGAAGAGUUCAUUAAUGGUCCUAACAAUGCCCACAUCCAGCAGGUUGGUGAUCGUUGUUAUGAUGAGAAGAUGUACGAGGCUGCAAAGUUACUCUACAACAAUGUGUCGAACUUUGGCCGCCUGGCUUCCACUUUGGUUCACCUCGGAGAAUACCAGGCUGCGGUGGAUGGAGCUCGCAAAGCUAAUAGCACACGUACAUGGAAGGAGGUGUGCUUUGCCUGUGUAGACGGCAAGGAGUUCAGACUGGCUCAGAUGUGCGGCCUUCAUAUCGUGGUCCAUGCAGAUGAACUGGAAGAGCUGAUCAACUACUACCAGGACCGUGGUUACUUUGAAGAACUGAUCACCAUGCUGGAGGCGGCUCUGGGACUGGAGCGGGCUCACAUGGGCAUGUUCACAGAGCUGGCCAUUCUGUACUCUAAAUUUAAGCCUCAGAAGAUGAGGGAACACCUGGAGCUCUUUUGGUCCAGGGUCAACAUCCCAAAGGUGCUGCGGGCAGCAGAGCAGGCUCAUCUGUGGGCGGAACUGGUCUUCCUGUAUGACAAGUACGAGGAAUACGACAAUGCCAUCAUCACCAUGAUGAACCACCCCACAGAUGCCUGGAAAGAAAGCCAGUUCAAGGACAUCAUCACCAAGGUGGCCAAUGUGGAACUGUAUUACAAAGCAGUCCAGUUUUAUCUUGAGUUCAAGCCCUUGUUACUGAAUGACCUUCUCAUAGUGCUCUCACCCAGACUGGACCACUCUCGCGCAGUCAACUUCUUCAGCAAGGUUAAGCAGCUCCCUCUGGUCAAACCCUACUUGCGAUCUGUACAGAACCACAACAACAAGUCUGUCAACGAAGCACUUAAUAACCUCUUCAUUACAGAAGAAGACUACCAGGCACUUAGGACGUCCAUAGAUGCGUAUGAUAACUUUGACAACAUUGCUCUGGCUCAGCGACUGGAAAAACACGAGCUCAUUGAGUUCAGAAGAAUCGCGGCCUACCUCUUCAAAGGCAACAACCGCUGGAAACAGAGUGUGGAGCUCUGCAAAAAGGACAAACUCUACAAGGAUGCUAUGCAGUAUGCAUCAGAGUCAAAGGAGACAGAGCUUGCAGAGGAGUUGCUGCAGUGGUUCUUGUUGGAGGACAAGAAGGAAUGCUUUGCUGCCUGCCUCUUCACCUGCUACGACCUUCUUCGACCCGAUGUGGUACUGGAGACUGCCUGGAGGCACAACAUCAUGGACUUCUCAAUGCCAUACUUCAUUCAGGUUAUGCGGGAGUAUCUGAGCAAGGUUGACGAUAGCCUCCAUGUGUUCCAGGUGGACAAGCUGGAGACUUCGGAGUCUUUAAGGAAACAGGAGGAGCAGGCAACAGAGACGCAGCCCAUUGUUUAUGGCACACCCCAGCUGAUGCUGACUGCAGGCCCCAGUGUACCUGUUCCCCCACAGCAGGCUUAUGGCUACGGUUACACAGCACCAGCCAGUUAUGGCCAGGCUCCUCAAGCUCAGCCUGGCUUUGGUUACGGCAUGUAAAGACCACCCCUGCACCCCUUGAAAAUGCUGAUGCUUGGUUCAGCCCCAGCCCAACCCCCUUCAUCCAUUUCCCACAAAGUUCUUCACCAGCCCUCCUCACCACCUCUACUCCCUGCAGGAUAUAUGAGCAAAGUUAUUGUUAUACUUUUUAAUUUAGUUUUUUUUUUUUUAAUUUCCCUUUACACUGUCAUGAAGGACUUGUUUUAUUUCUGUACUUUCAAAGAAAAUGAAAUGUUUAAAUCACCAGAAAUAUGUUUUUCCCCACAUUCCAUGUAUGUCUUUUUGAUUUUCCAACAUUUCCAUUUAAUUUGAAGGGAAAUGGUUAAUGUCCAUCGUGAGAACGCUAUGGGAAGAGCAACUCGUCUAUUGAAUAAAAGUCUUUUUGUGAAGUGUCUGAUUUGCACUCUGUAGUCAAAAGAUGAUAACUAAUAUAGUAUCUCGUUUUGGUGUGUGAGCAGCUUGUUCAGUUUGUUUGUAAAAUGCAUUUAAGCGUUGUUUAUUCUGAGAACAGUGAAGUGUUCCAAAGUAUUUGACUGCCACUUCCAUGAAUGAACACUACUUAAAAAUAGUAUAAUACUAUGAGCUACACGGGAGCGUGGCGAUCUCCUUAUAUAAAAAAAUAUUUUAAUGCCUUUAAAUAAUGAUUUAUAAAGUGAUUAAAUUCCCACCGUAUGCAGAUUACUACAGAGAAGUCAGCAAGCCCCAUUGCUAUUUACAGACAAUCUGAUCGUCAAUUAUAUCUGCAGUUAUUUAAGUGGUAAAAGCAUACUCUAAGUACGUAGAUUGGCAUGCAGUUGUAACUGGAUGAGACAGAUGAUCAUUCAGCAAAAAGCUGUUCUCCGUCUUUGCAGCAAUACAGAGAAAAAUGUGUGAAGGGCAUCUAUUAGAAACCAUGAAAAUAAAUAAAUACUGUAUUUGCCAGUAAAGUGGGUUCAUGAUUACAGAAGCUGUGGUGUGACAGUAAUGUUUGAUUGUUGGCUGAUUGCAGAGUAAAAUCCAGUGAUUGCCUGAAUCAUGUAAACACAAGUGAAUGUAAAUACGUUGACUGGAUUACUGACUAAAUCAGAUUUUCUGCGCAUUACAGACAGAUAACCUUAUCAUGUGCAGUGAGUGGUGCUCUUCAUGUGGUACCAUUCCAUUUAGAGGGAUAAUUAAAGAGAAUUAUUAUACAGA